AUGGAGGCCGCACCCCAAGCUGCAGCAACCUACGAGGCCGCCGAUGACGCGGUCAAGAGAGAUGUUGGCGUCUUUUCAACUGAGCGCGACGAUGACUCGUCUCAGAAAGCCGAGGCCCCCGUCAGAACAGCUGGAAAGCUCGAUGUCCUCGUCCAAGGCGUUGCUCUAUUUUCGGACGGAUACAACAUCCAGAUCAUUGGGUACAUGAACACUGUUCUGGCGAAGCUCUACCCGAAGCAGAUGACCAACACCAUCAAGACCAGGCUGUCCAACUCAAUCCUGGUUGGUGACAUCUUUGGCAUGCUGAUCUUUGGACUCUGCAUCGACAAGUUCGGUCGAAGAGUGGGCAUCAUCCUCACGACUCUCUUCCUCGUUCUCGGUAUUGUCAUCGCAACUGCAGCUCACGGAACGUCCGUAGAAGGCAUGUUCUGGAUGAUGGUCAUUGGCCGUGGCGUCGCAGGUGUUGGUGCCAGUAGCAAAUACACCGUCUGCACCUCCCAGGCGCUAGAAUGCGCCGACAGUACGGAGGCGAUGAGAAGGCGACGUGGUAUGCUGGUUGCCGUGUCCACCAACGCCGCCAUCAUCUCCGGGUUUGUCGGGUCCAGCAUCGUCUCCCUAAUUGUAAUUGCGGCGUACAACGACGAGGCCAGUGAUGGCAUCUGGCGCAUCUGCUUCGGUAUCGGCAUUUUCUUGCCGUUGGUCAUCUUCUUCUUUAGACUGAGACUCGUCGACUCGCAGCAGUAUCAGAAGCACGCCAUCCAGAAGAACAUCCCGUACUGGCUCGCCAUCAAGUUCUACUGGAAGGCCCUUCUCGGCUGCUGCAGCGCUUGGUUCCUCUACGACGCGGUCGUCUACCCCUUCAACCUGCUAGCCCCAACACUCGUGUCCGGCUUCUCCUCCCAACAGACCAUGAUCGAGUCCAUCGGCUGGUCGGCCCUUAUCAACGCCUUCGCCCUCCCGGGCGCCUUCAUCGGCGCCCUCUUGAUGGACCGCCUCGGACGCCGCCAGACGUACGCCCUCGGUUGGGCCAUCGUCUGCGUGUUCGGGUUCGCCAUCGGCGGCAGCAUGAUACAGCUGAACAACGUCUUCCCGCUCUUCGUCACGCUCUACAGCUUCUUUCAGACUUUCCUGUCCGUCAGGCCCAGGGACUGCAACUUCCUCGUCUCAAGCAAGUCGUUUCCCACGCCGCUGCAGGGCCAUUUCCUUGGCUUUGCGGCGGCUGUUGGGAAGGCUGGAGCUGCAAUCGGCACAACGGCGCUCAGCGCGGCGCUGGCGAGUUACGAUGAUCGACUGAAGGGGCAGCAGGCCAUAUUCCUCAUCGGCAGCGGCAUCUCGGUCGUCAGCACCCUCUGUGUCUGGUUUCUCAUUCCCGACGCACCCAAGCACCUGGAAGAUGAAGACGUCCGAUUCAAGAAGUACCUCAAGGCGAACGGCUACGACACUAGCCAGAUGGGACUGAAAGCAUGA